AUGACCGGCUUCCAGGGAAUAGCUACUCACAAGAACCCGCACAUUAAAAAAGUAGCUGUUUUGCAAUGUAAACCCAACCAAGAAGGUGCAUUAAAUAUAAUCAAGGAAAUUGCCCGUAAAGUGUCCUUUCUAAUGAAAGAAAAUCACCUCAAAGUCGUCAGCUUGGUGGAAUUUUAUCCACGGGAUCAAAGGCUUUUAGGUAUGAACGUCAAUCAUGGGUUAAAGAUAAUGCUAAGGUUACGAUGCCCCACUGACGAGUUCCAAUUUUUAUCCAUGGAAUCUAUAUUGGGCACUAUGUUGCAUGAAUUAACUCACAACUUAUUUGGACCACAUGACAAGAAGUUUUACGAUAAAUUAGACGAAUUAAUUGGGAGACAAUGGGUUAUUGAACAGAGGGGCUUGUACGACACAUUUCUGGGGAAUGGCCACCGUCUUGGGGGAAGAUCGAAUCUACGUUCAGCAGGGGACCCUGUGACAGGCAUGCAAACCAACACGGGGAUAGUGAGAAGAAGGAAUAAAGGUGUGAAGCUGGGGACUCUAAAUUCAGAGGGUGUAUCAUCUAAAAAUAGAGGUAAAUCCCCAAGAGAGAUGGCAGCCUUGGCAGCUGAAAGAAGAUAUAAAGACGAUCGCUGGUGUGGGGAGACCAAGAAUAACAAAGAUCAAAUAAUAAGCGAUAAUAAUAAAGACUCACUGGAGAUCGUGAUACUUGAUGACGAUGAUGAGCAAGAGUCCCCGAGAGACAAACUCGUAGAGGUUAUUGACCUUACGUAG